CAUAAAAAUAUAUUAAGAAAAAACAGAGAACAAAAAUCAAGCAAAAUUGUGUUGUAACUAUGGCUAGUGAUGGCAGUGGAGAAUUCAAAUUGGUAUCACCAACAAUAAACAAUGAAGGAAGGCUACCAAGGCACCAUACUGAUGAAGGCCAAGGGGCAAAAAAGAACAUUUCCCCUCCUCUAGAGUGGUACAACCUGCCAGAGGGGACAAAAUCUCUCGCAGUGGUUGUUGAGGAUAUCGAUGCACCCGACCCAGAUGGGCCCAUUGUUCCGUGGACCCAUUGGGUCGUGGUGAACAUCCCACCUACAGUUAAGGGCUUGCCAGAAGGAUUUUCCGGCAAGGAAGAGGAAAUGGGUGGGGAUUACAAAGGGAUUAAGGAAGGGAAUAAUGAUUGGAAGGUUCCUGGCUGGCGUGGACCUAGGUUACCCACACAUGGCCAUAGGUUCCAAUUUAAACUAUAUGCUUUGGAUGAUGAGCUAAAUCUUGGUAACAAGGUGACAAAGGAGAAAACGUUGGAAGCCAUUGAAGGGCAUGUGCUAGGAGAAGCGGUUUUGAUGGCUAAAUUCUGAUUAUAUGAUCCUGGAAACUUUAAUUUAGUUGCGUGUUUGUUUACCAUCACUUCCUAUGACUAAUGUACGAUUUUGAAGUGUGACAGUAAUCAUUAUAUGAUAUUCCCUAAAUUGUCCUAA